AUGGAUCUAGCUUGUAAGAAGUCGCUUGUCACCUUGAUCCAGUGCACGGGGUUUGCUUUUUUCUCCCUCCAUAUCGUCUCUGUCGAAGCUGAUGGUAAACUGUUUGCCCUUGGACCCAGGAAUGAUUCUCAGAGUCUGGACUUAGCAAUGGCUCAGCAAGCAUGUGCUUCUGCAGGAGCUCAUUUAGCCAGCGCAGAAGAACUAAGGAGAGCCAUUUGGUAUUGUUCCUUUGCUGUAUGCACCAGAGGCUGGCUGGCUGAUGGCACCAUUGGGACAACUGUGUGCAAUAGGACAGGCAGCAAACCGCAGAGUGUGAAAGUUAUCGAUGUUCAGAUCGAAGCGGAUCCUUCUCCAAGUGGCAGAUAUGAUGCUCUUUGUGUGAAGGACAAAGGCAGACCGUGUGGGGAUCCUCCAUCAUUCCCUCACACGGUUCUCCACGGUCACACUGGAUUUGAAAUGGGAGAUGAAUUGCACUAUGUCUGUGCCCAGGGAUAUGUCAUGAGCAACAAAGACACUGCUUUCACUCUGCUUUGUCACACCUGUGGAGAAUGGUUUGGUCAAGUCCAGGCAUGUGUCAAAGAUGAAACUGAGGGACAUAUUGAUUAUGAGGAUAAUUUCCCUGAUGACCUAUCUAUGCCUAUUGAGGAACAUGAAGAAAAUAAUGCCAAAGAGACAGAAGACAAGGAUCCCAAACCAGAGAAAACCAUAGCAGAUGGCACUAAGGUGCAGCUUGCUGAUGGUGACAACCACAUUGGAUUGAAAACUAUAUAUAAUGAACAGGGCACCAAAAUGAUAUAUGAUGAUGAUGAUUUCCACAUUGGGCCUAUACUUGUUAACAAUGGUACGGGAACAACAAAAAGUAUAGUUUCUAAUACAGAUGAAUCCUGGCUAGAUGGUUACCCUGUUACUCAAGAAGCCGUGGAAGAAGGGGAGGCAGAGGACGAAGGGGAUAAAAUUGACAGCUCCAUGGGAAUGGAAGAUGACAUUUCCAGUGACCAAUCAAACCAUGUUGGCAAUGGGAAAGCAGGCAGCAGCAGCCUAGAAAAAGAUUUCAUACCAAUUGGGGCUGUUCCAUCGCUGACACAUGAUGCUGAUGGAAUCAAAGGAAUAUCAGUAACACUCACGUCAGCAAGCGCUCCUGAAAAUGUAAGUAUUAGCAAUGGCUCUGAGGAGAUCAUCAGGUAUGUCCCAACCACACUGAUGGGAUUUGUCACUCAGGAACUGGCAUCAGUGACCACAGUCACUACCUUGAACUUGGCCACACUGGAGACUUCUACAGUGCCCAGUCUCAUUGACCGCAUCCCAUCGCCAGAGGAAGAAGGAAGGACCACCUUUCCAACACAAGCAGUCACUAAUGGCAUUACUGAGCCAUCAGCUGAUGAUUUAAUUGAGCGAGAAAUUCUUACUGAUGGACUAGGAGGAGAGCUUCUGACCACUUUUGAACCAUGCGUAGGGGGAGAGUGCUCCAGCUCAGACAAAGGUGCCAUGAUUGCCAUUGUGGUGACUGUCCUGUGCUUGCUACUGCUUGUUGCUAUCUUUGCAGUAUGGUGCUUUAGGAAACGGCAACAGAAGACCUCUGUUUAUAAACUGAAUGGGAAGGAUCAUACUGGGUACCGGCUACAACAGAUUGAAAUGCAGAAAGUCUAAUCCAACAGCCUAUAUAACUGGGAAGAAGCGGAAAACUGAAUGACAAACGGCCACUGAUGUCCACCAGUUCAAAAAAACAAGAAGUCGAAACCUGUGUGUGGUUCAGCAGGGCCUGCAACUAUUUGAAAUCAUUACAUAAUAUAUUGGUGUUGGUAUUAAUUUAGGUAGCUCUUUUUUAUCCAAUUUUUUUAAAGAGUUCAGGGCUGAUUUAAAGAAGCAUAUUGCGUCUCUAGAUAACUAUAUCACAUGACAGAUCAGCCAUUGCGGAUGGAGCUGCCUUAUAAUGUAAAGGCAAUAAAGGCAAGCAGUUCACUCAUCAUUUGACAACCACCACCUUGAAGUAUGGUACGAAUUGGACAAAUAGUAUGGAGGAAUGCACUUAACAACAAAAGUAUCUGCUUCUUACAUGGAACUAUAAAUGCAUUUUUUCCUAAGCCAACUACCAUUCAAUGGUAUGUGUGAAGAAACUCUUAACUAAAGCAGGGAUAACAAUUGGAGAGGACUUAUUUUUGAACUAUUACAUUGGUCCUUUCUAAAGAAAGGCUAAAUUUACACAGGUCAUGUCUGAUGAGGAAAAGGACUUACAGAGGGAACUAUUAAGAUGCACCCUACCUAGCAUUGCACCCCUGACAUCUACUUCAGUUAGCUGUACUGGAACAUGGGC